UACUUGCUCGACCCAUCUUCUUCUUCUUCUCUAGAUAAGACCUCUUCGGACGUUGCUCCCAACUCACGCCGGACACUAAUUCUCCAUAAUUUCUUCUUCCUCUAUUGCUUUGCGCUGAGAUUUUGUUGGAACCUUUAGCUCCGACAAUGGCCCAUACUUUCGCCUACACGUCUGCCUCGUCUUUCCGAUUAAACUCCCUCGUUUCAGUUCCGAAUUCUAGCUCCUCUUCCGAGUCCCACAAGCUCUUUCUUCCUGUUCUGCCUUUUCAUUCGAGGAAACUAGGAAAAAUAGUUGGUGGUAGAAGAAACCUCAAGAAUUCUCUAGUCAAAGCCAUCUACUCAGGCGAGUUUUCAUCACUGGGUAGGAAUUGUCGCCAAGGCAUUUGGUCUAUAAGGGAUGAUGCUUAUGCGCAAGGGCAAGGUCCUCCUCCAAUGGUGCAGGAACGCUUCCAAAGUGUUAUAGGCCAGCUUUUUCAAUAUAGAAUUAUUCGUUGUGGGGGAGCCGUUGAUGAUGAUAUGGCAAAUGUCAUUGUCGCUCAACUUCUAUACCUUGAUGCUGUUGAUCCCAAUAAGGAUAUUGUAAUGUACGUAAAUUCCCCUGGUGGAUCAGUUACGGCUGGUAUGGCCAUUUUUGACACUAUGAUGCAUAUUAGACCCGAUGUCUCUACUGUCUGCGUGGGACUCGCAGCCAGUAUGGGAGCUUUCCUGCUUAGCGCUGGAACUAAAGGAAAAAGAUACAGCUUGCCAAAUUCAAGGAUAAUGAUCCAUCAGCCUCUCGGUGGUGCUCAGGGUGGACAGUCUGACAUUGAUAUUCAGGCAAAUGAAGUGUUGCAUCAUAAGGCAAAUCUUAACGGGUAUCUUUCCUACCACACUGGUCAAAGUCUUGAUAAGAUUAACCAGGAUACGGAUCGCGAUUUCUUCAUGAGCGCUCAAGAAGCUAAAGAAUAUGGACUUAUAGAUGGAGUUAUAAUGAAUCCCCUCAAAGCUUUCAAACCUUCAGCAGCUGCAUCUGCCACCAAAGACUUGCCAGGUUCAACAGAUUAGUUCAUCUUGUAGAUUUAUAAGCGAAAACCAUCUUAGUUUAUGAAGAUUUUGACCAUUAACAACAUGGCUUCCAUGCCCCCUCUGGUUGGGUGGGAUGACAAGAAUGAUGUUGGCCUAACACUUGGCAAUAUUUAUUCAAUAUUGUGAAAAGAUGCCGCCGACCCAACAAAAAGGCUGCAUUAUUAUGUAGUCACUGUCUUGAUUGUGGAUUAAUGUGCAUUAGGUUUCAAUGAAUUUCCAAUGCAUUCGGUAGCUUUCCCUAUA